AUGUUGGCAGCCUAUUUUGAUUGUCCAGGAGGCCCAGAAAAUCUCUAUGUGAAAGAAGUGAUGAAACCACAUCCAGGAGAAGGAGAGGUUCUUGUGAAGGUCUCUGCCAGCGCUCUGAAUAGGGCUGAUUUACUCCAGAGGAGAGGGAAGUACCCUCCCCCCAAAGGAGCAAGUGAUAUUUUAGGCUUAGAAGCAGCUGGGAGCGUGACUGGGCUCGGACCUGGCUGCAAAGGCCGGUGGAAGAUUGGCGAUGCAGUGAUGGCUCUGCUCUCCGGAGGUGGCCAGGCAGAAUACGUUACAGUACCUGAAGGCUACCUGAUGCCAAUUCCCAAUAAUAUGACUUUUAUUGAGGCUGCAGCCAUUCCCGAAGCCUGGUUAACAGCCUUUCAGCUGCUGCAUUUUGUAGGUAAAGUACAGAAGGGCGAGACAGUGCUGAUCCACGCUGGAGCUAGUGGGGUUGGUAUGGCAGCCAUUCAGCUGGUGAGACUGGCAAAAGCUGUUCCCAUUGUGACAGCAGGAACUCAAGAGAAACUGAAAGCAACAGCAAAUGCCGGAGCAGCUGCAGGGUUCAACUACAAGAAUGAGGAUUUUAGUGAAAAGGCCUUGGCAUUCACCCAAGGUUCUGGAGUAGAUGUUAUUUUAGACUGUGUGGGUGGCUCAUACUGGGAGAAGAAUCUCAACUGUCUGAGUACUGAUGGCCGGUGGAUUAUUUAUGGACUACUGGGUGGAGGUGAAGUACAUGGAGAUUUGCUUGCAAGGCUGCUUUCCAAAAGAGGGAGCAUCUAUACAAGUCUAUUAAGAUCACGAGACAAGGAGUAUAAGGAGCAGCUGGUGGGAGCCUUCACAGAAAAUGUGCUGCCGUACUUUUCUGGAGGAACCUCCCCUCAUCUCCAACCACUUAUUGACAGCGUUUACCCUCUGCACGAGAUUGCAGAGGCACACAGGAUUAUGGAAGAAAACAAGAAUAUUGGCAAAAUUGUCAUCGAAAUGCCUGCUUCAUCUUAAAGAAAGGCCUCCUUGCUGCAGUUGCUUCAGGGACAGAACUCUUACAGGUGUUUGACAAGCUGAGAAUCUGCCAUUCUGCUUCCAAAGCCGCAAUGAUUUAUUGUGGGAGAGUGCCAAAAAGGAGGGGUACAGCAAAGCCUUACAGGACGCGUUUAAUAA